UUUAUUUUGACGCGGACAGCGCGAUUUUUCACAUUUUUUAAGAGAGAGCGUGUUCUUUAUUUUCGGGUGCAAAUCUCAUUUGCAUUGCAAUAAGCAAGCUAGCCUUCCUACCAGUACCGGAUGAACAAGCACUGGACAUGAGCAAACGGCCUGUUGAUAUUGCACACCUAAAGACUUUGCAACGGAAAAGAAGGGCACUGCAAACCCGUGAAGCCAAAGAAGAGCGAGAAGAUAAAAAGAAUGCAGUACGGCAAACAACCAUUGAUUUUUUUGCCCGUCCGUCUUCUGAACGACAGCCUGACGUUAAUAGCCAACCCUUAGAGGAAGACAGUCCGUUCAGACUGUCCUCUCAAACCAAUGCGCAUGCUCACAAUCCGUUCGCCUGUUCUUCGCAACCAGAAUACAGUAGCCAAAGUUCUUUUUCGAUAUUGGAAAAUCUUUCACAACAAGAGUUUCAGAACGAAUAUUGGUCAGACGAUGAAGAUAAUGCGUCCGAAGGCAAGGAAUCAGAAGCAAUGAAGGAAAAAGGCAACCACACAAUAGCCGAGAUAUCUGAACCUCUUGACAUCAAAGGAACCGUACCUAUUGUCGUUAAGCAAAAGAAGAAUGAAGAAGGAGAUUUAGGCGAUUCCGAAAAUCGCCUCGUCAUCAAUCUGGCUAGCCAAGAUGAUUAUAAGACUUUUCUCAACGAUGAUAUGUCGGACGGCACGGAGAGUGUAGAUAGUGACGAGAUGAAUGACCGAGCCGACCAUGACGACUAUGACAUUUCUGAUGAGGUAUCUCGCUUUUCACGUGCGACUUUGAUGGAUAAUACCUGGGAUGAACCGGAGCAAAGUGUAGAACUGACACUCGCGAACUAUACAAUGACUGGACUCUCUGAAGUGAAUGAAGAAGAUGUACAUGACGGAAGAUUGUUGUCUGUGUUAAAACAAAAGGUAGAGAAUGCCACAGCAAUAUCGGGCGCAUUGGACAUCGGCAAAACGAUUAAUUCCACGCCUCUGAAACAAGGCAGUACGGCAAUGAGUAAUCUUACACAACCGCUGGCCCCAUUUGACUGGGCACUCAAAACUAGUCUAUUUAUUACUUCUACUCAUAAUUUUGACUGGAUGCAAACAGAUGGCAGAAGCCAAGCAAAAGCUCUUUCACGAUUUCGAUCCAAUCACUUCGCCAACGAAAAGCUGCUUGAGUACUGCAGAAAUCCGGAGGAGGUCACCGAUGUCGGUUAUACUAUAAGCCAAUGUUUGUAUCACUGGGCCUAUCCAAACUCAACUUUAUCAAACGAUAAAAUCGCUUCGAAUAACCGAUUACUUAGCAAAAGCGCAUACACGGAACAAGAUAAACUUGACUUACAGGAAUGGCAGGCGCGGGAAGACGAAUGGGCAUCAUCAUUUCGUUCCUUAUUUGACCUAUUGAAUAUGGAAGAGUGCGACUAUUUCUACUAUAUCGGCAUUACAGUAUGCAUCUUAUUUCGGUCCAAACGAUUUGUAGGAGGUGAAGUUGAAGCGAUUGGUAGUAGAUCUACAGUAGCCUUCCGAAGACAUUUAAAAGACGCUGGCGUCAAUUAUAUCCUCCCAUAUCAGACGAAUGACAAGGAAAACGAAGUGUUAUCUAAAGAAGUGUUGAGUGACUUGGAGUAUUUGGAAUCUAUCAAUCCUGGUACCACUCGGCAAGAAAAGAAACCAGUAGCUGGUGAUAACGAGAAGAACUCACUUUUCCUUGUACAUGGAGUGGAUGACGUUCAAAAUUUAGUAGAUGCGCUUGUUACAUGGCGAGAACCCAGGACAAGUGACCGGGCCCACGGACCUCCGACGUUGAUAUCUCCACAGUCUUUCUUAAACUCUACUUUGAAGUGUGCUGAGACUGAACAACGAAUUGUUCGCAAGCUUACAAAAUCUGAAAACAGUACCGAAAAAGCAAGCCAAAGUGUAUUAUAUAAACUUGAUGUACAUGGGUACAUCUUACCAACGAGCCUCCUCCUUCUAUACAGCAUCCUGGGUAGAAAUACCAAUUUCGAGGAAUCAUUCUGGGUAGAGUGUUCUACACAAGCACUUACCAAAGGGCUAAACACAUCAUGUGAAAAUACCUUGGUUUCCGAGUGGGCAACUCACUUGCCAUCAAUUGAUCAAGUACAGUAUACCCGUAAUGCAUACCGAAUUGGAUGACAAACGCAAAUAAAAUCUUUCUGGCUCAGCCAAAGCUUAUAAAA